AUGCCUCUUUCUGAUCUUGCUGGAGUAUGGAAUGCUGAUGAAUCCAUUAAUUUUGAUGAAUACCUUAAAGUAUGUGGUAUUAGUUUUUUAACACGUAAAUUGGCAAGCAAAAUUAAACCCGUUCUUACAAUUACUGUUGAUGGUAACAAUGUUUCAAUAAAUUCAGCAUCAACAUUUAAAAAUCAUACAACAGUUUUUAAAUUAAAUGAAGAAUUUGAAGAAAAUACUAUUGAUGGAAGAAUUUUUAAAAGUAUUUUUACAUGGGCUAAUGAAAAGUUAUGUCAAAAACAAACUGCAAUCAAUGCUGAAGAUAAACCAUCAAUUAUUGAUAGAUACGUUAAAGAAGGUAAACUUUAUAUUGACAUGGAAUGCUUAGGAGUCAAAGCAACCCGUACAUAUAAUAAAGCUAAUUAG